GAAACGCAUUGUAAAACCUCAACGAUAAAUAGAAUAUAUAAAAUAUAUAUAGAGAGAGAGAAGAGAGAGAGAGAGAUGUCGAGAGUUUUGUCAGUCGUCGUUUGUGUCUUGCUCGCCAUGUUAUUCGUUCAUGCACGUGCUCGUCAAGUGCCGAGUGGUCAGUUUGAUGAGGGCAAGACGACGACAGGUGACGAUGCAACAACAACAACCCUCGUGCAUGCAAACGCAGCUGGUAAAUUACCACCAAAAAAUAUCGGUGACAAAAAAUGCAUCGGAGCAGUAGGAGGAGUCGGUGGAUUCGCCGGAGUUGGUGGCUACGCUGGCGUGGGAGGUAUCGGUAAAUACGGUGGCAUAGGCGGUGCAGCUGGAAUCGGUGGCUUUCAUGGUCUAGGCGGUGUAGGAGGCGGUCUAGGUGGUGUUGGAGGUCUUGGUGGAGCUGGAGGUGGAAUUGGUGGUGGUAUUGGUAAAGCAGGUGGUAUUGGUGGUAUUGGCGGUCUAGGCGGAACCGGAGGUGGUUUAGGCGGUCUAGGCGGAAUUGGUGGUGGUGGUAUCGGUAAAGCAGGUGGUAUUGGUGGUGUUGGCGGUAUCGGCGGUGGACACGGCGUGGUCGGUGGCCUUGGCGGCGGGAUCGUUCCACAUCCUUGAUGACGAUAUGAAGCUUUGGUGGAGAGAGUUUUUGUUUGUUAGGGUUUAAUUAAGGAAUAAUUAAUUAGUUCGGAUGUCUUUGUUGGUCUUUUUCAUUGGGUGAUCAUUAGUGUGACUGAUGACAUAUUUUCUCGUUUGCUUCAAAUUCGGCCUUCGUGUUAUGUAAUGUGUGACUCUCUAUAUAUGUUUAAUCGUUUAUCAUUAGUUACGGUUCAUUUUGGUUAACUAUGAUGUUCUUUCUU